CAUAGAUCAAAAAUAACAGACUGCACUGGCACAACCAAGGGAAACAAUUCGUAGAUUUAGAGUGAGUUUUACUGGAUCCGAUCAUCUGUUGUGACCACUGACUGUGGCUGACUUGGAAAGUUGGAGGCUAAAAGACCAUAAUUCAAAUUGCCAAAAUGAUCCAGAAUCGUGUGUCUCACAUUAAAAGGCUAGAUCUAUCUUCAAAGUGUUAUCUAGUGGAUCCAGUGAUAUAAGAAAAGUAAUUCCUUUGCAUGAAAGUAUUUUACAAUGGAAGCUGAAAGCUAAUCAAGUGAGAAUUUGAGAGGGUAGCCACCAUGGAGUACCACUGCUCGGACCAGCCUGAUGAGAAAGAAGACAGCAAUAUGGCAGACUUAGCAAUCUCUGUGUUAUCUAAUGCAAUUGAGACGCUGAUACAGGGGAAUGAGUUAGUAAACUUUUCAGCUUCCCCUUUAGGCUGUUUCAAAAACAGGCAGAAUGCCAACACUGUUGAAAACACGAGAAAAUAUUACAUGGCACCGGCUGGGCAAACUGUCAGUCACGUAGAACAGAGAGAUGCUGAAGAAAGGGGAUCAACUCAGCCAUUAGAAAAGUUGACAAAUACACAUCCGCUUUGGGGUCAGGUGUCUGGAGAAGGGAAAGUGAAAGCUACAGGUGUUGACAAACCUCGAAAAAGAUCAUGCUUAGGACCUGAGAAUUGGAAACGGGUCAAAGCGAAGCGGUUGCGUGAACAUGGUGAAGCUUAUGAGGGCAGGUCAAAAAAUAAAAUGACAGGAAAAUCAGAGCCCAAAUAUGUUGCUGAAAAGAAAAUGGGUUGUAGAUGUUCCUGUGCAUCCGACCACAGGAGUUACAAAUGUGCCAGCUUUAGUGAGGAGGAAAGACAAGAAAUUUUCCAACUCGUUUGGUCAAUGACAGAAGCUGACAGGAAAAUCUGGGUUUUUGAAAUGGUUAAUGCUUUGUCCAUCAAGCAAAGAACUGUGUUUCAUGACUCGCGUAGGUCGAAUACUUUAGCUUACAAUUUCAAGAGAAAUGGAGAGAGACUAAGAGUCUGCAAGACUUUCUUCUUACGAACAACUGGAUUGCGUCAGUGGUGGGUUCGACAACGCGCAUUGAAAAUGCAGAAUGAUGAAUCUUCUGUAGCUAAAAAGCCCUCUUCUGCCAGUUCACGAUUUGAAGAAGAGAGGAAAUUUUGUAAGGAUUUUUUGCAAAAGCUGCCUUUUGUGUCGUCCCAUCCUUCGAGCAAGGCAUCUUCGUCAAAGCGUUUUCUAGACCCAACUUUUGUGACAUUUGCAGAUGUGUAUAGACUCUACAAAAGAUCAUGUUUUUAUAGCAACAAAAAGAUUCUUUGUCGUCAAGUAGUGCGCAAAAUAUUUGAGGACUUGAAUUUGUCAAUUUUUAGCCCCAAGAAAGAGCAGACUGACGCUUAUGUUGCACAUGAUCAGGAUUCUAUGUUCAUUCCAAGAGAGGAAAAGGACCUAACUGAUCCUUAUUUUAUGGAACCUGAAGAAGUGGACGAAUCAAUGGAUAUAGAUGCUGAACAUGAAAUGUUAGUAGACGAUGAACCAGUACAGCCUUCGGCAGUUUCCGAGACAAAUUCACAGAACACAGAAACUGAAGAAGAUAGUGCAGUAGAAAGUUCAACUAGUGAAAGCACAUUUUGGGUCCAAGGGACUGGAGAAGGAACAGUUUUGGGUUUUGAUAGGCCACGAAAAAGAAAAGCUUCAAAACCUGAAAACUGGAAAAAGGUGAAAGCAAGGAAACAGCGGGAACAUGGGGAAGCGUAUGAGGGUAGGUCAAAGAAUAAGAUGACUGGAAAGUUAGAGCCAAAAUACAUUAGGGAAAAAACACUGGGCCCUAGGUGUCCCUGCAUGCCGGAUCACAAGAGCAACAAAUGUGCUGAUUUUAGUGAGGAGGAGAGACAAGAAAUUUUCAGACUUGUGUGGUCAAUGACUGAGUUGCAGAGGAGAUUGUGGGUCUCUGAAGUGGUUAAUGCUGUAUCCAUCAAACAGAGGACCGUGUUUCACGACUCUCGUAGGACAAACACAUUGGUUUAUAACUUCAAGAGAAAUGGAGAGAGACUUAGAGUCUGCAAGACUUUCUUCUUGGAAACAACUGGUCUACGUCAGUGGUGGGUUCGGAACUGGGUGUUGAAUUUACCAGACCCUGAUACUUUAACGAUACGAAGACCUUCCUUUGCCCCACAGAGGUUUAAAGAGGAUAGACAAUUUUGUGAGGACUUUCUUCAGAAGCUGCCGUGUGUGCCAUCUCAUUAUUCAGGGACUUCAAUGUCAAAGCAUUAUCUUGAACCAACCUUUCGGACAUAUGCAGAUGUGUACAGACUCUAUAAAAAAGCAUGUUCUGAAAACAAUAAAAAGGUGCUGUGUCGUCAAGUAGUCCACAACGUAUUUGAGGAUUUGAAUUUAGCCAUCUCUCGUCAGGGGAAAGACAGCAAUGACACAUAUGUUUCUCAUGAACCAGACAGUAUGUUUAUAUCAAUGGAGAAAAAGAACUAUUCUGGUGGUUGUUUUGAGGAAGCUGAGGCUCAAGACUCAUUAUUAGAUGAAAGUGAAAAACUCAUAUUAGAGGAUGGCCCAGAGCACCGGUUGGUAGCUUCAGGGACAAAUCCCAGAAAUGUUAAACACGGAGACAAAAUAAUGGAGAGACUAGCGUGUCAAAAUUCUCAUUGGAUUCAAUCAUCUGGAGAAGGGACAUUGGAUAUUGAUGGAUUACGAGACACAGGACUCUCAGAGGCUGAAAUGUACAAAAACUGGAAAAGGAAGAAUGGGGCAACUGUGUGGAGUCACGAGAAAGCUCAUGGGGGUAGUUCAAUAUCACGGAAGCGAAAACUUGAGCAGAAAGAAAUAGACAGAAGAAUUUUAGGCGCGAGGUGUUCCUGUACGUUUGAUCACAAAACGAACAGAUGUGCCAGCUUUAGUGAGGAGGAACGACAAGAAGUCUUUAAACUCGUUUGGUCAAUGACCGAAGCACAGAGGUCAAUCUGGGUCUCUGAAGUGGUGAGUGCGAUGAGCAUCAAGCAAAGAGCAGCGUUCCCGGACUCGCGGCGGACUAACACAAUAGCUUACUUCUUCAAGAGAAAUGGGGAGAGAGUGAGAGUCUGCAAGAAUUUCUUCUUGCAAACUACUGCCUUGCGUCAAUGGUGGGUUCGGCAAAGGGCGUUGAAAGUUCAGGACGAUGGUCUGUCAGCGGCAGAGAGGUCAAUGUUGCAGAGUCUGUGAUCGUCAUAGGAAACAUACUUUUUUAAAAGAAAACUGCAUAAAGUAUAAAGUUAUUCCACUUUUUGGCACAUGCUCACUUGGAAAUCAUCAUUGAUACAACUGACCACAAACAUUUCACCUAAAAAAUGUGUGUGUAUGUGUGUGUGUUUUGUGUGUGUGUGUGUGUGUGUGUGUGUGUGUGUGU